AUGGCUGCAACGAAGAACCAUGCUAUCGUGUUCGGAGCAUCCGGGGUCUCGGGAUGGGCAGUCGUCGAUCAGCUGCUGCGUGAUUAUCCCAAAGCAGGAACCUGGGAUAAAGUGACUGCUUUGACGAACCGGCCGCUCAGUCUCGACGUCUCUCUGUGGCCGAAGACUGACAACUUGCGAAUCGUGCCGGGACUCAAUCUGCUCGAACCUAGUCAGGAGGUUUUCAAUGAAACUGUGAAGAAGCAGAUCCCUGAUAUCGACACAGUCACACACGUCUUUUACUACGCCUACAAAGCCAAUACAAACUUUCAACAGGAAAAGAAGGACGCUGUUGACAUGGUGGUUCGAGCAGUCACGGCAGUAGACAUGCUCUCGCCGGUUCUGCAAUUCGUGGCGUUCCAAACUGGUGCAAAGAUGUAUGGCUUCUUGCUACAAGAAGAUCAUUACUUCCCAGUACCUCUGAAGGAGUCAUUGCCUCGACUGAAGCCACCGUUCAGUGAUCAGCUCUUUUACCAUGGCCAACUCGAUUGGCUAGAAUCCUAUUCCAAAGGCAAGUCAUGGACUUGGUGCGAAACGAGGCCCGAUAUCGUGAUCGGAUUUGCUCCGAAUCACUCGGCGUACUCCCUCGCCGCAUCUUUGGCCAUCUAUUUCUCCUUGUGGAGAGAUAUCAAUGGCCCGGGCAGCAUGGUACCCUUCCCUGGAAACAUGAAAAGCUGGAUCGCAAAGCACAACGAUGCCGGCAGCGAGAUGAUCGGCAAGCAGAUGAUCUUCCUCUCGCUACAUCCCGAAGUCAGCGGGAACGGAGAAGCAUUCAAUGUGGCAUCCAACUUCAAGUACGACACCUGGGAAGGAAAAUGGCCCCAGCUGUGCGAGUAUUUCGGUCUCAAAUCCGCGCCUCCCAGUGACGAGUCGAAAGAAGUUCGUGAAUAUAUCAACGACAACAUUGGACGCUGGAAGGACAUCGAGCAGAAAUACCAACUCCGCAACGACAUUGCUCAGUCAGGAGUCACCAUGCCGGGGUUCGAGAUCCUGCAUCUGAGGCUUGCUGACUUUGAUCGACAGUACGACAUGAACAAAAUCUACAAAGCAGGAUUUUCCGAGAACUACUCGGUCAUGGACACCUGGGGCCCGACCUGGGAUAAAAUGAGGAAGGCGAAGAUGAUCCCAUAG